AUGAGGCAUGCCAUUGCUGGGAAGAGGAUGUUUCAGUACGUAGAUAAGGACGUUUUAUUGAUCUUUUUGUUUGGUAAAGGUUCAAAUGCAGAGACGAGAACGAGGGUCGUAAGAAUGGAGCGAGCAAAAACAGAAGUGGAGAAGAAAGUUUCAAAACUUGUGAAGUUCAUCCAAAACAAAAACAAGAUUCCAAAGGAUUCAAAGAGAGAACUUCUAGGGAUUGUUAACGAUCUUCAAGAGCAGUGUCAGUCUCUCUUUUCUAUUUUUGAUGAUUUUCAACAAGAUUUAGACCCGAAAAGCGGUGGCAGAAUAAAAGGGAAAUCGCGUAUUGCUUCAUCGAGUUCAGAUUUAGAAUAUUACUCUUCAGAGGAAAUAGAGAAUGUUAUUGAGGAAGGAAUUGAAAUUUCUGAGCUACAAAGCAAGCUUGAAGCAUUGAGGAAUGAGGCUGAAGAGAAAGAACGAGAAUUGACUUCACGUGUGAAGGAGCUAGUACGAGAGCUAGGUAAUGCUAAAGCUGAGUGUGAUAAGAAAAGAGGUUUAGAAAAAGAGAUUGCGAUGAAAGCUAGUGAAAGUAAACAGUUAGGAGAGAAGAACAAAGGGCUUAGAUCUCAAAUCUCCGGUUUGGAAUCGGUUUUGAGAGAGAAAGGAGAUGAGAUAUCAACACUUGUGAACAAGUUUGGCAACAGCGAGUUAGGUUUAACAUCAAGGAUCGAAGAAUUGAAAUGCCAAUUGAGAAAUUUGGAAGAAGAAAUUGGUUUCCUUCGCGCACGAAACGCGGAAUUGGCUAAAAAGUAUGAAGUUAAGAGGGUAGAGGAUGAAGAGCACGUUAAGGGACUGAUGGAUCAGGUAAAUGGUAUGAAACAUGAGCUUGAAUCAUUGCAGAGGCAGAAAGAUGAAUCUGAAGCAAAGUUGGAGAAGAAAGUCGCACAAGUUACAAAGACGGAGAUGCAACUGAAGAGUUUGAAAGAAAAAACAGAGGAGGAGAGGAACAGACUGAAUAAAGAGAUUGUCCAUCUUAAAGGAGAAAAUCAGAAGCUGCAUACAAGAAUCGAAGAGCUCGAUUCAUUGAAUAUGGAGAUAAAGACGAAAAAUGCUGAUAAAGUUAGAAAUGAGAGCAAGAUAUUGGACAUUCAAAAUUCUGAUCAGAAGAAAUUGGUCAAGGAACAAGAUGAUAUUAUUCACAGGCUAUCGGUGAAAGUCAAGGAUCAAGAGAGACUUCUCAAAGAACAAAAGGACACUAUUGACAAGUUAUCUGAUGAUCAGAAGCUAUCGAAACGUUGGUCAUUUGGUUCGAGCCGGGAUUGGAAACUGAAUCCAAAUACCUUGGAGAAGAAAAUGGAAGAAUUAGCUGAAGAUUUCCGGAUGAAGAUAGAAGAUCAUAUUAGGAUACUAUACAGGAGGAUCCAUGUGGCCGAACAAAUACACUUAGAGAGCAAGAACGACUAUAUAAAAACACGAGAGAUGGCUCAAGAAAAUAGAGAAAAUAGAGAAAGUCUGACGUUUUUCGAAACCCAUUUCUACAAUAUGAAAGAUGCUUUGGAAAAAGGGUACACGAGAUCGGAAACGGCUAUGAAGAAGCUAGAAGAAGCAGAGGAGCAAACGAAGAGAGUUGCCAGACUAGGUGAAGAGAUCGACUCGGCGAAGCUAUGGGUGAGUGGGAAGAAGAGCGAGCUAGAGAGUCUAAAGGCAAAGCUAGAAUGCAGAGAAGCUCAAGAAUAUCUGUUGAAGGAGAAGCUGUCGAAGCUAGAGAAGAAGCUUGCGGAAGAAGGAACAGAGAAACUGAAACUAACGAAGGUGUUGAGCAAAUAUGAAUCGAAAACGAAAGAGCUUGAGAUGAAGGUGAAGGGAAGAGAAGUAGAAGUGUUGAGUUUAGGGGAAGAGAAGAGAGAAGCCAUAAGACAACUGUGCAUUGUUGUGGAUUAUCAAAGAGAACGAUACGAUCAACUCAAGAGAAAUCAAAAAUCUUAAAAGAUUGAUGAUCUUUAACACCUUAAUUCUCUUUUUUUAUUCAUUUUCAUUUACCAAUGUUUCUUAUAUAUAUACAAAUUCAUUAACCCAUCUUGCAAAACAAAACAUAAAAGAUUUGUA